AUGGCUAAGGAGUGGACACUUCUGUUGCUCUGUGGCAUUCUGGGGUCUGGAUUCAGCGAAAAGCCAUCAUGGUUCAAGAACAUCUCAACAAGUCUUUUUAAAUCCCCUGGAGAUAUUCUGAUAGGAGGACUUUUCCCCAUUAACGAACUGACCAGUGAACUGAGCAAACGGGUGAAGCCUGACGAUCUUGAGUGCAACAGUAUAAGCACAUAUGGUCUGUCUCUCGCAUUGGCGAUGAAGUUCUCUUUGGACGAAAUCAAUUCUAAAGAGAAUCUUCUCCCUGGAAUCACACUGGGAUUCGAGAGUUAUGACACCUGCAUGCAACCAGCCGUUGUCAUGAGGCCCGUCCUCCAGUUUCUCACAAAGGAAUCAACAGAAGAAUUGGAUAUUGCCUGUAACUACACCGACUACAAGCCUCGUGUUAUAGCUAUCAUAGGACCGAACAACUCCGAGUUGGUUCCAGUUAUUGGAAAACUGAUUGGAUUUUUCUUGAUGCCACUGAUUAGCUAUGGUGCCACCAGCGACAUGUUCAGUGACAAAGAGACCUUCCCGUCCUUCAUGCGCACAGUCCCUAGUGAUCGCUGGCAGGUUGCGGCCAUGGUGCAGCUUCUGAAAGAGUUUGGGUGGAAGUGGGUUUCAGUAGUAGGUAGUGAUGAUGAAUACGGACAGAAGGGUCAGCAGCAGUUCUCCAGUAUGGCCAAUGAGGAGUCCAUCUGUGUGGCAUACCAGGGUUUGAUUCCUGUAUACAGCGAUCCAGAGCAAGCGGUGAAAGAGAUUCUCAAUCGUAUUGUGGACGCCAAAGUGGGAGUGGUGGUGGUCUUCUCUCUCCCCAAGCCGGCCAGAGACUUCUUCAUAGAGGUAAUCAAACGAAACAUGACAGGCGUUUGGGUGGCAAGCACAGCAUGGGCUCUGAAUGAUGUUGUAGCCACCCUGCCCGGGAUCAAUUCAAUAGGAACAGUGCUGGCGUUUGCACACAUCACCAGACCUCUUCCCUUAUUCACUCCUUAUAUCCAUGAGCUCUUCACCAAAAUGGAAAAGAUGCAAAUCCCUCAGCAGCCAGAUACAGAAAUCUCUCCUCUGGACAACAUUUGCCCAAGAUGUAGCGACUUAAGCCAAGCCAACGUGAGCAUGGUACAAAUAAAACUUGUGCAGCGGUCAGCUUUCAGUGUGUAUACUGCCAUCUACUGUGUUGCACAUGCACUGCAUGACUUGCUGGGAUGCAAUACCACCCACUGCGCUCUAAAUCCCAGGACUGACAAUGUUUAUCCAUGGCAGCUGUUACAGAGUCUCCAAAAAGUUUCUGUAGAUCUUGAGGGGGUCAAUUUUAAGUUUGAUAAAGAGGGUAAUCCAAACUUUGGCUACGAUGUUAUGCAAUGGAACUUUAGUGACACCACUGUGCACUUCGACAUAAUUGGAUACUUUUAUCAGAACCUCACAAUGAAUAAAAACAAAAUAAAGUGGCACACGAAAAACGGAAAGGAGCCAAUGUCCACUUGCUCCUCAGACUGUGGGAUAGGACAGGUGCGCAGAGUUAAAGGCUUCCACUCUUGCUGUUUCGACUGUAUUGACUGCAAGGAGGGAACCUUCCUGAACAGCUCAGAUGACAUCCAGUGUAAAUCAUGUCCUGCUGGCCAGUGGUCCACCCUACGAAGCACAAGCUGCGUCUAUCCCAUCUAUACUUACCUGGACUGGAGCAACUAUGAGUCAAUUGGACUCAUUCUGGGAGGAAUUUUGGUUCUAGCGUCACAUGUAUGGGUAGGGGCUCUAUUUUUCAAGCACAGAGGAACUCCACUGGUGAAAACUGCAGGUGGACCACUGAGUGGCCUUAUGCUAUUGAGCCUAGUGGGAACAUGUAUAAGCCUGGUGCUGUUCCAGGGUCAGCCAGGAGACAUCGUGUGCCGUCUGCAGGAGCCACUAAAUGCUUUUUUUCCUACUGUGGCCCUCUCAGUCAUUCUGACCAUUUCCCUUCAGAUUGUGUGCAUCACAGAAUUCCCUGAAAAGUCUUCUGAUCACCUGGCGAACAUACGAGGACGAGGAAGCUUGUUUGUGAUUCUGGGAUGUUGCGGGGUCCAAGCAGGACUGUGCGGUUGGUACGUCCAAGAGGCUCCCUCUCUGACCCAAUACGUCGCCAGUUUGGAGGUGACCUACGUCAAAACCUUUUUGCGUUGUCCAGUGGAGCCCAUGUUAAACUUCGGUUUGAUGCUUGGUUUCAAUGUUCUGCUGGCACUGGUGUCAUUCAUGGCCACCUUCAUGGCUCUAAAGCCGCCUGGACAGUACAACUUGGCCAGAGACAUCACCAUCUCCACCUUGAGUUACUGUGUAUUGUGGGUGAUGUUCAUCCCCAUCUACACAAGUCUAAAUGAUAAAGAUAAGUCUAUCGCUCAAGUAGGAGUCAGUUUACUCAGUAAUAUAGGGUUGGUAGUGGCCUAUUUCUUCCCUAAAUGGCAUCUGUUGGUCAAACACCCAGAACUUAACACAGUUGAUCACUUUCGUACAUUUUUAGAAGGGGUCCCACCAACACCACCUGAAGAAAGCUAGAAGCAAUUGCUAAAUUAUCAUUUAAUCAUUAAUAUAUAUUUUUUUUAAAUAAACUAUUAUGUUAUUCCAAAAAAUUCUCUCAUAUU